AUGGAGAUUAUAGAUUCCGAAAUUAUGGACGUAAUCAAUUCAAUGGAUAGUAAUCAUCCGAUUGUUAUAAAAGACACGGAGAAAAUCGAUAGUAAUCCGAUUAUUAUAAAAGAUACGGAGAAAAUGGAUAGUAAUCCUAAUGUCGUUAAAGAAAGCGCUGACGUUAAAGAGGUUUUGAAAGAAGUCUUAAACAUGGAAGAGAUAACUGCUGAACCUAAGGAUAGAAAUGUAGCAGAUGUAAACGUGGAAGAAGAAUGUCCAAAAUACGACAGCGAAGACUUGAUCAACGAAUAUAUAAAUUCAUGA